GGUGAAUGACGUCACACCCCCGAGACAACAUCUUCCCGAGAGAGAGGAUGGCGGCUCAUCCCCGUCCGAGUGGACGGACGGCGCACGGAAAUAUCGGGGAACGUCAUCGCUUCGUAGAAGGGAACAACUAGAAGCGCGAGGGUGUAACGUAAACGAGACGACGCUGUCCCUGAGAACGAGAGAGCGAAGCCUCUGGCGGAGAACGAGGACGGCGACGACCAGGGUGCAACAAGCGUCCGCGGACGUCACGCCGGGCAAACAUGAGUGAGCUAAACUCGCGGCUGAUCGCGAGGCUCGACCUGUGCGUCGCGAAUCGCACAGCUGAGUUCGCCGGAACGGAUGUGCGUCGGAAAGCAAAGGACAUGGCACACCAGUAGAUACGAAAUGCCGGACUAGCGUACGCGCGAGAGAGCGAGUGGCCGACCAGAGUAGUGGCAGAGCAAGCGAGAAGGCAGAGCAGAGUAGUGAAGAGAAAGGGUAGAAAGCAAGUACGUAGAGAAAAAGAGAUCCUCGAAAAAAAAAAAAAUUACGUGACGCAAAAGUCUCGCGGAGAGAGAGAGAAAGAGAGAGAGAGAGAGAGAAUGAGUCACGCUCAACAGCAUGUGCUUGCGAGCGCGAUAGUUCUCGCGCUAUUAGUGGUACUCGGCAUCCACGUCUUCCUGUUUCCCAUGUAUGACACGUCGUCCCCGCCGGCGCGACACACGAAGAUCUCCGUAUACGAGCAGGCGCUCUGUCGCACGACCCUGAAGACGUCCAACAUCCGGGCACCGGCGCCCGAAUGGCGCAACAAUCCCUGCCCCAAGUACGGCAUAGUGUCGGCGGUGCAGGGCGGGAGACUCGGCAAUCAGAUCUGGGAGUACGCGUCCGUGUGGGCGACCGCUCGUAGGACCGGCCUGGAGCCAUUCAUGCCGCGCUGCAUUCUCAAGACUCUGGAGGAGCACUUCGAGAAUCUCAGCAUCCCGCCGCUCAGCUACAUCGGCAGAUGUACCCUGGACGUCGGGCAAGUGGUCAACUCCCUCAGUCAAUGGAACAGUACGGAGCAGAACAUCAUUAUACCCAGACAUGCGGCUUAUUGGUCCUUGAUACUGGUCUGGCUGGACGACGUACGGCGGGAAUUCACGUUUAAGCCGAGUCUGAGGAUCUACGCGGAGAAAGUAUUGAAACGCGUGGCGGAGAAGUUCAACCUGUCCUCACCAACUUACGUCAGUGUACACGUGCGUCGAACCGAUUACGUAGAUUAUCUUUGGCAGAAGCUGAAGACGCGGCCCGCACCGGUAAGUUACUACUUGUCGGCGAUGGAUUAUUUUGCCGGCAGGUAUAGCAAUGUUGUCUUCGUAGUGACGAGCGAUAAUAUUGCCUGGUGCAAGUAUAACUUGCGCAGCAAGCGUCACAAAAUCAGUUUUGUGUCGGAUAAGGAUGGCAAGGGUCCGGGCAAGGAUCUAGCGGUCUUAUCCGCGUGCAAUCACAGCAUAAUAGAUUACGGCACUUAUGGCUCAUUCGGAGCCAUUUUGGCCGCCGGCGAAACCGUAGUUUACAAUGUAACAACAUACUUUUCUACGCUGAUCGCCGAUGUUCUACCAAAUUGGAGGAUAAUGAGUUAAACAACUUGAGAAUCAAAGCUUUCGAGCAUAAACAGAAAACAUAUUUACAUUGCGUCAUAUAUAUACAUUUUUUACACAAUUACAUAAUUUUUUCCAAAAGCGACAUGUAUAUUAUUUUGGAGAAUUUUUAAUUAAUUUAUAUAAAAGAAAAUUUUCUAAGAAUCUAUUAUACUCGUAUCUUUUUUUCAUUAUCCGAAUUUGCAAUUCAAUGUUUAAUUUUAUAAAUAUUUAUCAGAUCAGAAAUACUUGAAAAAUCAUCAUAUAUUAUUUACUUCUGCUAUUUAUAUGAUAAUUAACAUUAACAUAAACUACAUGAAAGUGUAUAUCUUGCCUUUCUGCCGCCUAGAUAAUAUGUAUAUAGUAUAUUCAUCUUUUCCUUUUAUUUAUCAUACAAAUGCAUGAACAUCUUGCCGGUAGUAAAAUUCAAUGAAAGUGUGUGUGUUGCUACAUUACAUUAAAUUUUAUAAAUGUAAAUGCAUCAAAAUGCGCUUAGUAUUACGCGCAUAGAUUUAUAUAUAUUACGCUCUUAUUUAAAUUUAGUGUGCGUACACGAACUAGAAAUCGAUACACCUAUAAAUGUAGCGAGCGAGAAAACUUUUCAAGGAACUCGCGAGGAAAAGGUUUACAAUGGAACAAUGGACCACUAAUAUCUAAAACUAAAACAGAUGCUUAUUUUUUCUACGAUUCCGAUACAAACUCGACACGGCCAUAAAAAUUUAAUGAAAAGAAAACAAAAAAAAUGUAGAGAGAUAUCGGCUAUCCUUUUCGAAUAAAGUGGCGAUUAAGAGAGCCUAAUAUAUUAAAAAAAAAAAACAUACGUAUGAAUAAAUUUUACAUUUGUGCAGAGUGCUCAGAAUUGUAUCUAAUUGAUGAUUCUUUAACUUUGAUGUGAGAUCUUUCCCGAAAACUGGAUUUUCUGAUAUUAUUUUGUAGUUUAUAUCGUUUUCUAUAACAUAUAGCCUAGUACCGUGAAGUUUCAGAUUGAUUGUGUUUACACGUUUCAAUAUAUAUUUCAUAUCGUAGCGAACAUGCAAUAUAAAUACUUCACGAAACCGAUAUAUAUUGACAACCAUUUCUAUAAGUCUUAUAAUGUACAAUGAUUUCAACUGUGAUUCUAUUUCUUAUUGUGCCAAAAUUCUUAAUAUACACAAACAUAUAUAUACACACACACACACAUCUAUAUAUGUAUUAUAAAAUUAUAUCUAUACAAGGCGUUGUAUAAUAUUUACAAAUCUGUGAACAAAUGAUAAAUUAUUUCUUCACUUAACUAUUAAGUAUUAAAAAGAGAAAAAAAAGUUUAUAGAUUACUGCGCGAGAUACUUUGCGGACGGGGAAAAAUAUUUUACAUAUAAAGCCAGUGUUUGAAAUUUAUUAUAACAAUAAAUGUGACCUGAUGUAUCUGACCUACAGUGUUUUACAAAUUAGACUAGUCAGUGUGUCUAAUAUCUAUAUGUUAAUAUCUAUAUAUGGAUGUAUCUUCAACGUAUUUGUUGCCUGCCAGUUGUUAUAUAUCUGACAAAAUGUUGAAACGCAAAAAGAAAAUUGUGCUAUUAGUAAUAGAAUUAUAUGAUAAAAAAAUGAACCGCGAAUAAGAUUUUUCAUUCAGUCAAUGCUAUAACUGUGUGAUUACAAGCAAAAAGAUAAAUAUGUAUCUGAUGAUAAAAAUGUAAAUAAUUACUGAGACUACAACUUCCAGGCAUCAGUACGAUCUACUCUGUACGUUCUCUGUGAUAAUUUUAUGUAAUUUUUGGAAACAUGCAUAAGUUGAAAAUGUAUUCGUUUUACAGAAUAAAAAUACUCUGUGUCAAAA